AUGAAGAUGCAGAUCACCAUUGUCCUCUCGGCCUUGUUGGCCGCUGUCGCUGCCUCCCCCGUCGUUCCCGUUCCCGCCGAACUUGGGGAGCGCGCAUGCAACCCGCUUGGUCAAGACUGCAUUGCCGGCAACAACUGCUGCUCUGGGUUCUGCGACCUUCCUCCCGGCAGGAACACCGGCAUGCCCGUAUGCGUCACACAACUGACCAACCCCCGCCAAUAA